GCGCUUCCUGUCUGUCAUACACACAUGAUGGACAGCAGCGCGUCGUCUACUCUUUUUCGCUAAAUAAACCAGCGUCAGCGGCGACAAGAAGUAUGCUGGACAAGAAAGUCAACUCAGGAUGAGUUUCAAUUUAGCAUCGUGACCUGCCGUAGUGAAGACGGGCUUGCUGGGAGUUGAGCGAGCGAGUCAGUCAGGCAUCUAGCCGAGGCACUGCGCGAGAGAGGGGCGAGUGCCAGGCAGCCAAAUAGACAGAGAGGCUCCUCAGUAUCGAUUGAAAAGAAAAUGGCGGAGUUUUCCCCGGUGCUGCCGCUACGGGAUGGAGGUGCUCGGUGCGGGCAGCCCGUUUUCCCCCGGUCUCGGUCGGGCUCAGGUUCGGAGGAGUCCGAAACGGAGUUAUCACAAAGCUUGGCCCGGACUAAGACCCGCUCUUACGGCAGCACGGCCAGCGUGACGGCACCGCUGGCGGAGAAGUACAUCGAGCACCGCGUCAGCGCCAGCGACACAUUGCAGGGCAUCGCACUGAAAUACGGAGUGACGAUGGAGCAAAUUAAAAGGGCCAACAAACUUUUUAGCAAUGAUUGCAUGUUUUUAAGGAAGAGUCUUCAUAUUCCUGUCAUUUCGGAGAAGUGCUCUCUGUUCAAUGGACUGAAUUCACUGGAGUCUCCAGAAAGCGAAGGAAGUGAGUGCUGUGCUGCUAACGACAGAGGGCUUACCGCGAUGGCAGAAGAGGGUGAUACUUCCUCUGCUUCCCCGAGUCCUCAGGAACCUGACAGUCGACCCACUGAACCCGAGGAACUGUCAGCCAAAGAUUAUUUACACAGACUGGACUUGCAGAUUAAGUUAUCAAAGCAGGCAGCAAAGAGGCUGAAAGAGGAAGAUGUCAGACUACAAGAAGAAGAAGGUUCAUACGAGUCUUCAUCCUACCACAGUAGUCAUUAACUAAAAGCCAUCAGAGGACCUUGACAGGACUUUUUUUUUUUUUUUUUGGUUUAAAGUUAACCCGUUCAGGACUAUGGACGACUAUUUAUUUAUUCUUAUUUUUUUUUUGCUUUUACCAAACUCGGUAAAGUGUACGUUUGCACUGAAACUAAAAUUUUAUUGUC